AUGGUCAGUUCAAUUCUUUACGUUGCGGUCAUUGGUUUCCAUCACAAAAGAGGAUGUCAGAUCGAAUAUUGUUAUCCACCUUUAUUAAACAAUGAUGGAGAGCUUCCGGUAGCAUGGCAAAAUUUGCCAUCACUUGCACUUCCUGACGGUGCGCAUAACGUCGACCAUGACGUAAUAUACUUUCUCUUGCCAUCGUUAGAUGAUCCCAACCGAUCAGUCUUUGGAAUUUCAUGUUAUCGUCAAAUUUCUGCAAAGGAUCUUCUGAAUAAAUCAACGGAUGUCACUCGAAGUAGUGUACAGAAGAGUGUUUGCGUCCUGUCUCGAAUACCGCUUUUUGGUGUAUUGACGGCUAAAUUACAGCUUAUCACAAAAGCUUAUUUUAACGAAAGAGAUUUUGCUAAAGUUGAUGUGCUGUGUCAAAUGUAUGAAAAUCUUUGUGAAAUGUUUCCGGAUGCUGUAACUGACGAAGAAGCCGCAAUUAUGGAUAUUUCAGUGCAGUCCCUUGUAACAACAUUCAGACAUCGUGUUUUAAUGUUAUUCAAAUUGUUAUUAUUAGAAAAAAAGGUCGUGUUCUAUAUAUCGCCAGUAUUUCAAUUAAGUCAGCUAAUGGUUGCGCUCAUCUCACUUUUUCCACGAUUGGUUGAAAAAGGUUUAUUUCAUGCAGCUGCAUAUAAUCCAAGUUCUCUGAAAUGUUCGGAUGAGAUGAGUGUGGAUGAAGAUGAAAUUGUUUUGGAAGCGAGUAAGGAUACAAUGGGAGACAGAGUUCUAGAAUUUGAAGAUAUGAUGAUUAAUGUAAGUAUCGAAAAGAACAAAGUAGGUAGAAACAACCCCGUGGAAUUUGUUCACAAAGAUUUAUUGGCAUCAGUAACGGAUUGCAUGCUCGAUAUGCAGUUGUCAAAUGAUAGCAGUGUUGAAAGCCGUUCAAAUUUGAAGCGGAAGCAAAUAUUGGCCACCGAUUCAUACGGUUUCCCAUUAAGUAUAUUCACGAAAGGUUCAUUAUUCCAUCCUUACCUAAGUAUCUGCCAUUUGGAUAUGAUUCGUUCGGAUAAGACACGAGCUUAUUGCAUCGGUGCAACGAAUGCUUUAUUUGUUCAACGUCGUGAUUUGCUGGAUGUUGUAGUUACUGUUGAUGAAGUUGGCGAUGGAAGUAUCGAUAUUGUAGAUAUUGAGUUAAAACGAUCAUUGACAUUAACAGCUGCAGACUUACGUUUUGUCGACUUUGUGUUAAAAGAAAUGGAAGCAAAUGCUAAAUCACCGAGUUGGGAAGGUAGUGAUGACUGGAUACGGUUGCAGAUGCAAGCGUAUUUAUUAUCACUCAUAGCUACUGUACGUGCUGAUUUGAAAGAUUCACUGAAUGACUUCAAUGAAGCAUUCAUAGCUGAAUGGAAAAUGAGCAAUAAUUAUCGUAUUUGGUCCUGUGGUGAUUUUCCUGAUUUGGCAUCUACCGUUCCGGGGCAUCUAUUUGCUGGUGGUCUCGGUAUAUCGGACGUAUUGCUACGUAUGGAGCAUUCAGUUGGUGGUAUGGGAAGUGGUCGUCGUGUAGCAUCGGCUGUUGUUAAUACCAGUAAAUAUUUUGCAGGUACAGGUACCAAAAUGAAAACGAAUAUUGCGUCAUGGUUAAAGGGAACGAAACAAAUAGAAUAA